AUUUAACUUGAUCAAUGUUUUAACGAGCGUAGAUUUGGAGUCUCUGGUAUUAAUUAUUACAAGUUGGAUUAUUAUUACAACUUAAUCAAUGAAAAUUUAGUGUAAAGAUAUGAAAUAACAGUAAGUUGAAUCAGUUAAUAACUAUUACUCUGAUAAUUCAGUCUUGAGAACUACCUUACAAAGGCAAUCAUGUCCCUCAGUGCAAGUGCAGAUAACAUCGUGGGGGAAAACCAGAACAUUAACGACGGUGGCAACAUGUGUUUGGAGCUGGCAUUGGAAGGGGAGCGAUUGUGUAAAGCAGGGGAUUGUCGUGCUGGCGUGGCGUUCUUUCAGGCAGCGAUUCGUGCUGGAACAGAUGACCUUCGUACCCUCAGCGCCAUAUUCAGUCAGCUUGGCAAUGCAUACUUCUACCUGGGUGAUUACAACAAGGCCAUGCAGUACCACAGUCAUGACCUCACUUUAGCAAGGACAAUGGGAGACAAAUUGGGAGAAGCUAAAUCCAGUGGAAACCUUGGGAACACGUUGAAAGUUAUGGGAAAGUUCGACGAGGCGAUGAUAUGUUGCAAGCGACAUCUAGAAAUAUCCAGGGAGCUCAACGAUAAGUUGAGUGAGGGCCGAGCGUUAUACAACUUGGGGAACGUUUACCACGCCAAGGGAAAGCACAUCGGCCGAGUGGGUCAGCAGGACCCGGGAGAGUUCCCAGAGGAUGUUAAGGCUUGUCUGCUGCAAGCUGUCCAAUAUUACGAAGAGAACCUUGCGUUGAUGAGAGAACUCAACGACACAGCAGCACAAGGCCGGGCGUGCGGCAACCUCGGUAACACCUACUACCUGCUGGGCGACUUCAAACAAGCCAUUAAAUACCACCAGGAGAGAUUAAAAAUCGCCAGGGAGUUUGGUGACAAAGCAGCAGAAAGGAGAGCUAAUAGUAAUCUGGGUAACUCGCACAUAUUUCUGGGAGAGUUUGAGACAGCGGCAGAGCACUACAAGCGAACUCUAGUCCUCGCUCAGGAGCUGGGCGACAGAGCAGUAGAGGCUCAAGCGUACUACAGUCUGGGCAACACAUACACACUGCUGAGGGACUACCCAACAGCCAUAGACUACCACAUACGACACCUCAUCAUAGCUCAACAGCUGAUGGACCGGGUUGGCGAAGGUCGAGCUUGCUGGAGUUUAGGCAAUGCACAUUCAGCAAUGGGCAACCACGAGAAAGCGCUCUAUUUUGCUACAAAACAUUUGGAAAUUUCAAAAGAGUUGGGUGACCCGCUGGGACAAGCCACUGCUCAGAUGAACGUGUCAGAUCUGCGCAAGGCACUAGGUCUACCCGCGGGUGAGCUGUCCCCAGAUAGUGAGCAGCUGGUGGCGUCGUUCACACACCCGUCGCCGGGACUGCGCAGAUACCGGGUGAGACGGGAGAGCAUGGAACAGCUGCAACUGAUUAAGGAACUUUCAAGGGAUGCUACCCUUCAGUUGACACCAGACGCCAAAGGAAAGACUCCAGCACCCAGCAGUUUAACUAUGAACAAUGCCAAUACAGCUUCAGAGACAAAACUGGACCACUGUGAUGAUGAAGACUCGUUCUUUGAUCUACUUUCUCGGUUCCAGUCAGAACGUAUGGAUGACCAGAGAUGCUCAUUGGCUCUCCCAGCGGACAACAAGGAGAACACAGCUCCCGUCGUCAACUCAGCCACACUCAACAAUGCUGGAGAGGCUCAGGAUGACCUGCUGGACCUGAUCGUAGGUAUGCAGAGCAAGAGGAUGGAUGAGCAGAGAGUAGCGCUGCCUCACCUGCCUGGCUUGUGUCCCCCACAGAGCUCCGCUCCUGACGAGGGCUUCCUGGAAAUGCUCAUGAGGUGUCAAGGUGCCAGGCUGGAGGACCAGCGUAGUUCUCUACCAGAGGAGCCGACGGCACCUGCCAGCGCAGGGACUACAGUGCCAGACGAAGACUUCUUCUCUCUCAUCAUGAGGCUGCAGAGCGGACGCAUGGAGGACCAGCGAGCCACGGUGCCGACUACUCUCAAGUAAUCCACUACACGCAACAACACAACAUCUACUGACUUGGGCUCGUGUUACCAAUGCUUCUAACCCUGUUCUACACUUUUCCGGUCAAGUUACAGUAGAAACUCUGUUAACCGUCACUCCCGGCAACCUGACGUCAUGAAGUAAUUCAGGGUAUUUAGUGUCACUUUCACUUUUAAGCAACUGAUUUUCAUGUAAGGCUAUUGAAGUCACAGAGUGUUUAUCAGUCACAGAAAUGAAAUACUGUAGUUGAAUCCAUUUAAUUUUUUUAAUCGAUAAAUUAGAAGUAACAAUGGGAAAGUGAUAUAGUUUUAAUUAGUGAUAAACUCAUGAUCUAUGAUAUUCAUUAAAUUUCCUCUAUUUAAAAAAAUAAACUAAGCAUAACUAUUCUAUUGCAGUAUAGUAGUAGACUGCCGAUCACCCAUAAUAUAAAUUACAUAUUAAACGUAUUAUACCGGAUCAAUUACAUAUUAUAUGUUAAUUAAUCACGUUGCAGAUUAAACACAAUUGCAAUAGUAUAUUACAUUACUACUAGUCUGGAAAAUAGGGGUUAUUACCAUACGAGUCUAGUAAAUACAUUUUGCACGAGUGACGUACGAUAUUUUUUGGAACUAAGUUUAAUGAUCUGUUCACUGUAUUUAAAAUGUUUUAUCACUACCUAACUAUGCCUACAUUUUAACUAUGCACUCAAAGUAAAUGUUAGAUAUUUCCAAGGCAUUUUACCCCAAGUUACAAUCAAUCAGCCACUAAUUAUCAUGGAAAUCGGUAGUCUACUGUAUCUGUAUUUUAAAGUGCGGUUACAGUGCCACUACUAUAGGUAGCGCUGAUAGAACCGUUAAUAGAGGUUCUACUGCAUACUAAACGUUGUUGCUAAAAUGCAAAUGUAUUGUGUUUCUGUCUCAAAGUUAAUAAUUGGGCCUAUUAAUAUUGGCCUAAAUUAAUUUCUUGAUUUUCUGAUUGGUUUACAAAAACUCUUAUUUUAAAUAACCUUGCUUGUUUUUUUAAAAGUUUUAAUAAAUGAAACUUGGGAAGAUUUUGUGUUGAUAUAUAAGCUUAUGAACUAACGUUGCACACUGUUUACUUGUUUAACUUUCAAUUUUACACCCCCAAGUCAGUAACAGCAGAGUUUUUUAAUGCUUCGGUAAAGUUUUAUAUUUGUCUAGCUGAGCAAUACAUAUUUUUAUUAUAGUUGUGAAGUGCUUAGUAUAUUCGUAAUAUCGUUACUCAAAACUUUGGUAGAAAUUAAAGUUGUCCAUUAAUUUUGCCAGUGAAUGAAUAGUGAUUGUAUACUUCUCAAAUAGAGGUGUGCGGAUUCGGAUAGUUUGACAUUCAAUUACUUAAUUAAUAAAUAAUAUUAAGGUUAAAAAGUUAUAACUUGCAUUUUCCAUACAAAAACUUCAAUAUUAAUAUUGCAAAAUUGUGAUAUUGUACUGUAAGUCAUCAAUCUUGGUUCAGUUAUAAAAACGGAAGUUCAAAUUCACAGCUCACUCAAACUUAACAAAAAAGUAUACAGUACCUUAUAUCUAGAUGCAAACAAUUUAUAUGGCAAGACCUACAUGUCUCAGUGUAUACCUUGUAUCUUGAUGCAAACUAUUUACAUGGCAAGGCAAUGUCUCAGAAGCCUUAUGGUCGUGAUAAAGUCCAAAACGUCAAAAUACAUAGUCUAAAAAGUCGAAUAUUUACUGGAUAGUGUCGGAUAUAAAAUUUGGGCUUGGUUCAGAUCCGAUUUUUUGGAUAUCCGCACACCUCUACUUUUCUCAUCCUAUUAUAAAAUCAGAAGACUUUUUGUUAUUAUGUUUCAUCGUUACACUGGAGUAGGCCGAAAUCAAGAACAUUUUCUUUCAUAUUUUCAGAUAAAUUUUACAAUUUUAGCUUGAUUUGUUAGUUAAUAUCAUAGGAAAAGCAAGAAAAUCAUAUUUUUAUAUCUAUCUAAAUUAUUAAUUCUGUAAGCGAUUUUUAAAAAUCAAAAUUUUGACAGUUUGGCAGCUUGCAGGAUGAUGGGAGAUGGCUCAAAUUAAAUGUCUUGGUCCCAGGGGGUAGGAAAAAAUAGCAGAUUAUGUCCAAAUCUACCAGAAAAUGAGAAAUAACGAAAAUUUGAAUAUCUUCCAUUUAUAAUGCGUUGGUAUAGAAAAACGUCAGCUUUGUUUACAUUAAACAUGUCAUUACUAAUGUCAUUUUUUAAUUCUACUUUUAAUCCUGUUGAAGAGUGUGUGAAGUUUGUCCACUAAUCAACAAAUAGUUUAGAUACAUUCUGCUUUCACUAAAGUCAUCUAAAAAUGAUUAACUUACAAUUUUCCACACAAAUUAUGUUUGCUGCAUUUUCCAGAGAUAAAUCUCUGGAAUGAUUCACAAAUUAUUAAUUUUGAAAAUAACAUUGACAAAAGCAAACGGACUGUUUUUUACACACAAGAUAUGGUGUACAGGGUUAUCUAUCCUGACACAUAGAAAAUUUGAUUCUGAGUUUAUAUUACAAUAAUAUUUUGUUUUACAUUAUUUGAGCUUUUUAGGCACUUAUGUCCCUACAAUUCACUAGUUGAGUUAUAAUUGUGUUAAUUUGAUUAAAUGACAAGAAACAAAUAGUACACACUAAGUUAUGCCCUCUACAUUACCUGGCCUGAAACACCUUUAAAUUGUCCUCAUCUGUUCCAUAAGCAAAAUAUAUUUUAUCUAUGCUUUUGCUCAGUUCCAUGUGUUUAACAAAUUCAUUCUUCACUCUGUAAAUUUUACAAACUGAUGCACACUUUAAGGACACACAAAACGUAGUGUAAAUUUUGAUGGUGUGUAUAUAAGUACAGUAAAAUGUUACUUAUUCCAACAUGUUAAAAAGAUAUAAAAUGUAGAAAACCUGCUUGGAUAUCUGUACCUGCUAUCCAAAGAAAAAUAGUUAUAAUCAGUGGAAUAAACCAUGUCUACUCUGCAAAAAACAAUCUAGAUCAAAUUUCAACAUAAAAAUUUGAUUUCUUUUAUGAUCUAUUAUUUUGUAUAUUAUCGUAAUAUGUAUAGAUAAAAAAUGACCAUUUUAGUUCUAAGUUAGUUUAUGACACAUUUAGGCUAUAUUUUAUCUUUCUUUAAUAUAUAUUAAGCUCAAAACUUGUUUAUGCUAUAUAAGUUUCAUGUAAUAAAACCUAAUGCAUAUCAUAUACAAUCUCAAAACCACAUAAAUAACUAAUCUUUAUCAACAGCUCAACGUAUUCAGUUUCAACUUCACUCGCUUGUUACAUUAAGCUGUUGAGUUUGUACACAAAGUUUAACAUUAUUAAUAUUUGAGUUGGCACUUUAUAGCCCUGUGCCAUUAAUUAUGUGCACCUUCCUAAUAUUUUUCAGGAACCUUUUGUAAAUACAGUAUAUCCUUCUUUUUUCAUCUCAAAAGUGUAUAUUUUUUAUAGGCGUAGCUACUACUGACCCCAUUAUGUUUUUUGUUUAUAUAAUUUUAUGUCAUAUAAAGCAGCUAAAGGUACUAUUACUAUUAUCUGCUUAUAACUUAACUGAUGUCUAAUGUGAGUUUUCUAAGUCUAACUCGUCUAAAUUUGGAAUCUCUUAGCUGAAAUCAGGUUAAAAAUAAGUAGUUGUUGAAAGUACAAAUAGUUACAAAAAAAUUGAUUUAUGAAUCUUGCACUUUAAAGAUAUGAUCAGAUAAUCUAUUUAACUUUAUAGUACAGAAUGUAAAUAUUAUAUUCCGAAUCUUAAAGAAUGGAACUUUGGAAUAUUAAAAGUUUGGCAAUUUUAUUCCUCUUGCUUACGGGAUGUUUUUAAAAGGUUUCUGGAGCAAGCUAGUUCAAAUCUAACACUAGCACUGAAAGAGGAAUGACUAAAUGAUUGGUGGGGAAUCGUAGUUUACGCAACGAUCUGGUAAGGAUAGUUUUAAC